UAAGUAUUUUCCUCAUAAAUAUUCUGUAUUUACUUAAUAUUAGUUAAUUUACUGUUUGUGAAUAAUCGUGAAAGUAAGGCCUUUAUUCAGAAUAUAUAUUAUUGAUUGACUGUAUUGAUAUGACUGUACCUAAUAUCUUUGCCACAAUGUACUACAAUUAUUGACAUUUAAAAAUAAAAAUAAACAAUAGUGUUGAAAGAUCAAUGUUAUUAAAUAACAUAAUUAUCACAUUGCAUGGAAAAGUAAAAAAAAAGUAAAAGUGGCAUCUGAAAGUUUCUGUUCUCUUGGCUACCAGUUUUUGGCAAUUUAUUAAGUUAUUUAGUAAGCCCAUAACAUUAUUAAAUUAUUUUAAGCCCAUAAUAUUUAUAGCAAUUAUGAAGUUUGCCCUUUAAUUUUAUUAUUAACUGUUUCUCUUUUUUUUGUUGUUGUUGUUGUUAUUGUUGCAAGAUUCAAUGUACUUAUCCUUUUUACUAGAUAAAACUUUAAUUUUACACAAUGACUUAGCAUUCAGAAAAAGAGUGUAUUGACGCAAGCACAGCAAAUAUUGGUCUUUGCACAUCUCCUUUAAAUAAAUUUGUAUGGAAUAUGGCUAACACAAGAGUAUUAUUAGAUUUAUGGAAAGAUAAUUACAAAGCAUAAACAUCUGCAAGAAGAAACACAAAUAUUUACAAACUAAUGGUAGCUGAAUUUUCAAACACAUUUAAUAUCAUACCUCCGUUAACUGUAUAUCAAAUUCAAUCUAAAAUUAGUAAUUUGAGGAAGCAAUUUAGACGAGAAAAACUUCAAGUUGGUUCAUUGGGAGGAGCUUUUAGUAAAUGGUGGUCUUACGAUAUUGUUGCCAAAAAAAACGAUAUUGUUCCAGGUGGUGAAGCUUCCCUCGACAAUGACCUUUUAUCUCAAAGUCAAAACUUUUCUACUCAGGAUUUUCAAGAUGGUCAGAUUGCCACAAUGGAAGAUAGCAAAGAGACUGUCAGUAUUUUAAAUAUUGAAGCUUUGGAUGAUACAAGUGAUGUGCAAUCAAUUGUCACUAUUCCUGAUGAGGAACCAACUCAAUCUACAUCUGGCUGCAAUAAACAAAGGAACUCUGAUGAUGAAAAAACUUUGAAUAAAAUAGCAAAAACUGAACCGGGAGACAUCUGUAAAGGAAAAAGCUAUUGGAAAAAUAUGGAAAGCGUUUUGUAUGUACUUCGAUCAAGAAGUAGAACAUUAAUCAAUGAUGAAUCAAUCACCCACCCAUCUUCAUAUUUAGAUUUAGCUUCCUUUAAGUUAAAUCAACAAGGGUAUCUGAUUGAAAGAAAAGUUUAGGUUAGGCCAAAAAGUUCUCAAUGGUUUAAUGAGAUUUUUACUCAAAUGGAGGAAUGUGAAUUUAAAGAGCAUUUUCGAGUAAAUAAUCGUAACACAUUAAUUUCCUAGUUAAUGGAUUGCAUCCACAUUUAGGCAAAACUACCACAACUAUGCGAGUACCUAUUUCAGUAGUAAAACGUGUUGCAGUUGGAUUACAUUAUUUAGCUUCAUGUGAAGAGUAUCGUGUUGUGUCUAGCCUUUUUGGCAUAGGAAAGUCAACAGUAAAUUUAAUUGUUCAUGAAUUUAUUAAUGCUGUUAAUGACAUUUUGCUCCCUAAAUAUGUUAAAUUUCCAUUGUCAGUGGAAAAUUUAAAUAAACAUAGUAGAGAUUUCAAAGCUAUUCUUGGUUUUCCACAAUGCGUUGGAGCUGUUGAUGGAUGCCACAUCCCUAUUUCAACCCCUAAAGAUCAAGCAAUUUCUUAUUAUAAUUAUAAAAGGUGGUAUUCCAUUGUACUUUUUGCCGUUGUAGACUGUCGAUACCGUUUCAUUUAUACAAGUGUUGGAUCGCCUGGUAGAAAUAAUGACAGCUAUAUUUUGCAGAAUUCUUCUUUGAAA